CUGCAGCUGAGACAAGUCUCCGUUUCUCUCUCGAAUAAAACUGAGUUCAUCAGGUUAUUCUCAACAACACAGCAGAGCAAACACUGAAAUGGCUGCUGUAAACUAUCUGCCAUCUGCAGAUCAGUUUCUGUGCUCCAUCUGUCUGGAUGUGUUCACUGAUCCGGUCACCACGUCUUGUGGACACAACUUCUGCAAAAACUGCAUCAAUGAACACUGGAAUACUCACGACCAGUACCAGUGUCCGAUGUGUGAAAUGGUUUUCGACACAAGACCAGAGCUUCACAUCAAUACUUUCAUCUCGAAGAUGGCUGCUCAGUUCAAACAGACAGCUCAACAAAAAGCAGACAGCAGAAGGAGUAGCGCCAGCAGCUUCAGCAGCAUCAGCAGCUCAGAGCAACAAGUGUCCACAACAGGAGAAGUUCUCUGUGACCUCUGCACUGGAACCAAACUACAGGCCUUGAAGUCCUGCCUGGUGUGUCUGGUCUCCUACUGUGAGACUCACCUGGAACCUCAUCUGACAAUGUCCGGCCUGAAAAGACAUCAGCUGAUCGACCCUGUGGCGAACCUGGAGGACAGGAUGUGUCUGAAGCACGAUAAACCCCUGGAGCUGGUCUGUAAGACAGAUCAGACAUGCGUCUGCAUGCUCUGCCCUGUUUUGGACCAUAGGACACAUGAGUUUGUUCCACUGAAAGAAGGAUAUGAACAGAAGAAGGCAACUCUGUGGAAAACAGAGGCUGAAGUUCAGCUCAUGAUCCAGAAGAGACAACUGAAGAUUCAGGAGAUUAAAGACUUGGUCGACCUCAGUAAGGAAAACGCAGACAGAGAGAUUGCAGAAGGUGUUCAGGUCUUCACUUCUCUGAAGGAGUCUGUUGAGAAAGCACAGGCCAAUUUCAUCGACACAGUCAAAGAGAAGCAGGAAACGACAGAAAAACAGGCUGAAGGCUUUACCAGAGAGCUGGAACAGGAAAUCUCUACGUUGAUGAAGAGGAGCACAGAGCUGGAGCAGCUCUCACACUCUGAAGACCACCUCCAUUUUCUCCAGACUGUCCAGUCCCUAAACACCCUCCAUCCAACACCCACCAAGAACUGGAGAGAGGUGAGCAUCUGUCCAUCAUAUAAGGGGACUGUGAUGAGAGCUGUGUCUCAGCUGGACGUGACAAUCAGUGCAGAGAUGAAGAAACUGUUUACAGCUGAGCUGAAGAGAGUCCAGCAGUAUGCAGUGGACGUGACUUUUGAUCCUGAUACAGCACAUCCCAACCUCACCCUGUCUGAUGAUGGGAAACAAGUGUAUCAUGGUGUUAAGAAAGACCUUCCAGACAACCUGGAGAGAUUUACUCUCAAUCGCUGUGUUUUAGGAAAGCAGAGUUUCUCUUCAGGCAGAUUUUACUAUGAGAUUCUAGUCGAAGGAAAGACUAAAUGGGAUUUAGGAGUGACCACAGAGUCGAUCAACAGGAAGACACACAUCACACUGGGCCGUCUGUACGGUAACUACAGUUUAUGGUUGAGAAAUGGCAAUGAUUACACAGCUCGUGACACCCCUCCAGUUCGUCUCUCUCUGAAGUCUCAGCCUCAGAAGGUGGGGGUGUUUGUGGACUAUGAGGACGGUCUUGUCUCCUUUUAUGACGUAGGUCCUGCAGCUCUUAUGUAUUCCUUUACUGGCUGCAACUUCACUGAGAAACUCUUCCCACUCUUCUGUCCCAUGAAAAAUGAUGGUGGAAACUCUGCACCUAUGAUCAUCUGUCCCAUCAGUGAAGACUAAUCAAUUAUCUUAUUAUAAUUAUUAUUUAUUAAUCUAUUUUCAUUCACAGAAACAAAUGUACAUACAGAGCUCAACAGUGACUGCCAACUUUUUGAUCGACUCCAGUGAAUUUGAGAAUAGAUGUUAUCAGAAUUUUGUGUGAAAAGAGGUUCGGUUCUUUCCUGGUCACUUUGUACAAUUUCUAUAUGUCUUGUGAAUACUGAUAAGAUGGGUACUGAGCGUAAUAAUGUGAAUCAGAGGCAAUAGCAUACAGUUAUAGAGCUUCUGUGUAUUUGCAGUGAAAUCACAUUUUCUCUGUCAAGAUCCUAAAAAGAUCUUAAAAGCAUUACAUUAAUUUCUAAAUAGAUAAAAAAUGGUUCACUACGUGCCCUGCUUUAUUGCUGUGAUGCCAGGUGUGUAAGUGUUAGCAAACUCGGGCAAGAAUAAUCGUGCAUGCUAACAUGCUAAACCAAGAGAAAGAGAAAAAAAAUCCACAUAUUUUAUUUCUUGAUAUUUUCUAUUUCUAUAUUUUCUUGAUUUUCUUGUUGAUGAUACAUGUAUGAUUUGGUGGUAAUUCAUUUUAUUUACAUCAAGGACAACAAUGGAAAUAGGCACAUUUAGCUUUCUUGUUCAUCUGGUUUAUUGUCUGUUAUAUUUACAAAAUAAAACAUAUUGGAAUAUGUGAUAAAUCGCCCCCUGGACUUAUUUCCAUCAGGGUUUCAUUCAAGCUCAUCAUCA